CCCCUCUAACACCCUCCCCCUAUGCUUCUCUCUCACACACACACACACACACACACACACACACACACACGCAGGCUGUGGCGAAGCAGACGCUCAGCAGUGGGAUGGAUCCUGACUACUAAAGAGCAGCGGAGAGAGAGGAGGGGUGGCAGGCAGCCGGCAGAGGUGCAUAAAUCCUCAUUUCCAGAUCUGGAGGAAGAAACGCUCACUGUCCGGGGCGAGACCACCACGUUGGCUUUCCAAAACAUCAGGAAGCCGCGCUCUCCGCAGCUUGCCGCGAAUCCAGGAGACACAAGGAAACCCAGCUGAGGCUGUCAAACACAGAGGUGGGCUUGGAGGAGGUCUGUGACCCUUGAUUUUCAGCAGGGGAGUGGCGCAGGGGGGACGUAGCCAGCGACAAGCAACAGACGUUAGGCUGUUGUAAUCUUCCCAUUCACCAAUUCAUUCCAUGCCAUCGUCAUAGCGAUGUAAAAAAAAAAAAAAAAAAAAAAAUCCAUUCUGUGCGGACCGGAGGAGACACGCUCCAAUCAAGAGAGAUCUUCCCAUUGCGAUCUUCAUUCCCACACUUGUGCUUGUACUUCUUUGUGCUGCUUCCUUUUCAUGUGACUUGCUGUCAUUGUGUUCGGUUCUGCAUGGCAUGACAGCUGCUUUUUCGGAAGAGGUUGCAGGACUACCGUUGACUGGAAAACUACCUAAAGAACCUCUUCAAAGACUUCUCAAGCGUCUAGACUUGAAACGCUUCAUCAAUAAUACAACUGGAUAACCAAUGACAGCCAUGAAGGGAGACUCAGAAGACAGCAUUGAAAGCAUGAGGCCGUCCAACCUGCAAGUUUUCGCCAACAACUCCACGUUGCAUGGCAUGAGCCACAUUUUCGCCUACGGGCAUAUGACGUUCCGCCGCUUCCUAUGGACGCUGUCUUUCAUGGGCUCUCUGGGUCUUCUAAUGUACGUGUGUAUGGAUCGUGUGUAUUAUUACUUCGAGUUUCCUCACGUCACUAAACUCGAUGAAGUGGCGGCCCCCAACCUCACUUUCCCAGCAGUCACCUUCUGUAACCUCAACGAAUUUCGCUUCUCGAAGAUCACAAAGAACGAUCUGUACCAUGUGGGGGAGCUGUUGGCACUGCUCAAUGAGAACUAUCAGAUCGCUAACCCGCACUUGGCCGACCCGGAAGUCUUAACUUUAUUGAAGGAGAAGGCUAGUUUUAAUGGUUUCAAGCCUAAACAAUUCAACAUGACGGAUUUCUACAACCGAACGGGCCACGAUAUCAACGAAAUGCUCUUGCAGUGCAGCUUCAGAGGAGAGGAGUGCUUUCCUUUAAACUUCACCACUAUUUACACGAGAUAUGGGAAAUGCUACACGUUCAACUCUGGUCUUGAUGGAAACCCACUGUUGACCACUUUAAAAGGAGGAACAGGAAACGGACUGGAAAUCAUGCUGGACAUUCAACAGGAUGAGUACUUACCGGUCUGGGGUGACACAGACGAGACCUCGUAUGAAGCGGGAAUCAAAGUUCAGAUCCACAGUCAGGACGAGCCGCCGUUCAUUGAUCAGCUGGGGUUUGGUGUGGCUCCCGGCUUUCAGACUUUUGUGUCUUGUCAACAGCAACUGCUGCUGUAUCUUCCUCCGCCGUGGGGCGACUGCAGAUCCGCACCGAUGGACUCGGAGUAUUUCUCCACUUACAGCAUCACUGCCUGCCGGAUCGACUGCGAGACCCGAUACCUGCUGGAGAACUGCAACUGCAGGAUGGUGCACAUGCCAGGCACCUCAACCGUCUGCACACCUGAGCAGUACAAAGACUGUGCCGAUCCAGCUUUAGAUUUUCUGGUGGAGAAGGACAAUGAUUACUGUGUGUGUGAUACGCCGUGCAACAUGACUCGAUACGGUAAAGAGCUGUCAAUGGUGAAGAUCCCCAGCAAAGCCUCUGCUAAAUACCUGGCCAAGAAAUUCAACAAAACAGAGCAGUACAUCACGGACAAUAUACUUGUACUGGAUAUCUUUUUUGAGGCUCUGAAUUAUGAGAAAAUUGAACAAAAGAAAGCAUACGAAGUCGCUGGGUUACUUGGUGAUAUCGGUGGUCAGAUGGGUCUGUUUAUAGGAGCCAGUGUAUUGACUAUAUUGGAGAUAUUUGAUUAUUUGUAUGAGGUUUUGAAGGAUAAAAUUCUGGGAUCUGUUCUACGCAAGAGAAGACCACACCGGAGCGCCAGUGACAAUCUGGAUUUCUCCGAGAAUCCCACCAGCCCUGGUGUUACGUCUAACCAUGUCCCCAGCUUUCAUGAUGGAGAUGAUGUUUUGCAGAAGUUCAGAGCACAUGCGACACACUCCGGAGUCACUCGGACAGCCUCGGAUUCGCGCCGAACGUGUUACCUAGUCACUCGACUAUAGGAAACUUCGAGGAGUUCGCCUGUUGAUGACGGAGAUUUAGCAUACGACGGAAAACUGUGAAAUAUAUAAAUAUAUAUGUGUGUGUGUGUACGGGAUAGACUCCACAAGAAGUGUAAGUCUGCAGAAACGUAUGCUUCUGGUCAAAAGUUUGAAAUCAGUAGGAUUUUUUGUAAAGAAAAAGGUUUUAAACAAAGCGUAUUCGGUAACACUUUACUAUAAGGUUGUAUUAGUUAAUAACUAAUGCAUUUACUAACAUUAACAAACAUUAAACAAUACAUUUACUACAGUAUUUGUUCAUGUUAGUUAAUGGAAAUACAGUUAGUUUACCUCAUGGUGCAUUGCUAAUGUUAACAAGCAUGAACUUGGAUGCUAAUAAUGCAUUAGUAAAUGCUGAACUAUAAUUAAUAAAUGCUGCAGAAGUAUUGUUCAUAAUUAGUUCAUAUGUUAGUAAAUGCAUUAACUAAUGAUUGUAAAGUGGGACCGCUUAUUCUGCUCACAAAGCUGCAUUUAUCGAAUUAAAAAUGCAGAAAAAA